GUGGAGCUACGUCGCUAAAGAGGGCAGGGAAGAGCGGAGCGAGGCGGCCCGUGACGCAUCCAGUAUUUGUUUACUGAAGUCAUUUGAAGCGGAAUCAUCGUCCAUUAAACUCACAUCUAUGAGCGCAGGAACCCUCGGGGGCUUCACAGGUUUAUAUCGUCUUUCUUUUGCGCGUAAAUACAGAACUUUGCGUCAAAUAAUCGGCGUGAAGAGUGAGCGAACGUGUCAAACACAGCGGAGAGGAUUUGUGCAACAUGAGAGGAGGCUCGUCUUAUGGAGACAGAGACAGAGACCGUGGGCGAGACAGGCCACGGUUUGGGGCCAUGAGUGGUCGAGGUGGAGCCCCACCCAUGAAGUUUGGGAAUCCAGGUGAGCGUCUCCGCAAGAAGAGGUGGAACAUGGACGAGCUGCCAAAAUUUGAGAAGAAUUUCUAUGCUGAACACCCAGAGGUCCAACGCAUUAGUCAGUAUGAAAUGGAAGAGUAUCGCAGGAAGAAAGAGAUCACCAUCAGAGGCUCUGGCUGUCCAAAAGCUGUCACCGGUUUUCACCAGGCGCAGUUUCCUCAGUAUGUGAUGGAUGUGCUGAUGCAGCAGAACUUUAAGGAGCCCACAGCGAUCCAGUCCCAGGGCUUCCCUUUGGCCCUGAGCGGCAGGGACAUGGUGGGAAUCGCACAGACUGGCUCUGGAAAGACACUGGCUUAUCUCCUUCCUGCUAUUGUGCACAUUAACCAUCAGCCCUAUCUGGAGAGGGGAGAUGGGCCGAUUUGUCUGGUGCUGGCCCCGACCAGAGAGCUGGCUCAGCAGGUUCAGCAGGUUGCAUUCGAUUAUGGCAAGUCCUCUCGUAUCAAAAGUACCUGUGUCUAUGGCGGAGCACCCAAAGGACCACAGAUAAGAGACCUCGAGAGAGGUGUUGAGAUCUGCAUCGCCACACCUGGCCGUCUCAUUGACUUCCUAGAGGUGGGGAAGACUAACCUGCGUCGCUGCACCUACCUCGUGCUGGAUGAGGCGGACCGCAUGUUGGACAUGGGCUUUGAGCCACAAAUUCGGAAGAUAGUUGAUCAAAUCAGGCCCGACAGACAGACGCUGAUGUGGAGUGCAACUUGGCCGAAGGAGGUUCGGCAGCUUGCUGAGGACUUCCUGAGGGACUCUGUGCAGAUUAAUGUUGGUGCUCUGGAACUCAGCGCCAACCACAACAUCCUGCAGAUAGUUGAUGUCUGCAUGGAGACUGAAAAGGACCACAAACUUUUUCAACUUAUGGAGGAAAUCAUGGCUGAAAAGGAAAACAAAACCAUCAUCUUUGUGGAGACCAAGAAGCGUUGUGAUGAUCUCACCAGGAGAAUGAGGCGGGACGGAUGGCCAGCCAUGUGUAUCCAUGGAGACAAGAGCCAGCCAGAAAGAGAUUGGGUGCUCACAGAAUUUCGUAGUGGAAAAGCUCCCAUACUGAUCGCUACUGAUGUUGCCUCUCGUGGUCUGGACGUGGAAGACGUCAAGUUCGUCAUCAACUACGAUUACCCAAGCUCCUCUGAGGAUUACGUCCACCGCAUCGGACGUACGGCUCGCAGUACCAACAAGGGCACGGCCUACACCUUCUUCACCCCGGGGAACCUGCGGCAGGCCCGAGACCUUGUGCGGGUGUUGGAGGAGGCCCGACAGGCCAUCAACCCAAAACUGCUUCAACUUGUGGACUCAGGCCGUGGUGGAGGUGGAGGUGGUGGCAGAAUGCGUUACCGUGGCAGCAACUCCAACAACCCCAACCUAAUGUACCAAGACGAGUGUGAGCGCCGCAUAAACCCGGGUGGAGGUGGCGGCAGCAACAAAGAUGGCCGCAGUGGCUUCAGCCGUGAUAACCGAGGCAGCCGUGAUGGAGACCGCUCCAAUUCCUCCUCCUCUUCCUCCUACAGGGACAGAAGUCGUGAUCGCAGGAACAGCUACAACUCGGGGUCAGAUCAGUACCAGAGUUACAGCGGCAGCGGUGGCUACAACUCCCGUCCCAACACCCAAUCAGGAGGCAGCGGAGGUCAAGAUCAGUUGGGUCAGCCGCAAGGUCAGUUUGGCCAGCCUCCCCCUCCUCCUGUUCCAGCAGGGGGGCCACAGCCCCUCAUGGCGCAGCAGUUUGCAUUGCCACAGCCCCCGCUAAUGGGCUUCAUGGGGCAGCCGCCAUAUCCUUUUGCCUCUCCGCCUCCUCCAGGCCCUCCACCUCCCAGGAAGUAGAAUCAUGAAAGGAGGAAGCAGUGAGGUAAUUUGUGCGUCUUGGUGUGUUCACAGUGUAACUUUGUUUUUACUCUCCAACUCUUGGUAACUCCGAGAGCGAGGGAUUUGACAAGGCUUAUACUGAGGUAAGGGCUUAUAUUUUCUAUGUUUUGUACUUUUUAAUAAACCCUACAUGUGGAAUUUAUAUUUUCCUGUAGGUCCUUUUUGCUUUAAUAUUCAUUUUCAGUUAGAGUGUCACUGUCCCAUGUCUUGUGCUGAUUCAUGGAGAAAAAAGUGUCUCUUCAUAAUUUCAUUAUUUUGUCAUCGUUCACUAGUCUCAGCUGUGCCUUUCAUUGGCUGUAUGAGGACCUGGUUACAAUGAAAACAAGCAUGUACAAGCCUCACUGAACAUGAGUGCUAUCUAUUGGUGAAAUCAUUUCUAAUAGAUCAUGUCACAUUCCAGUCAUGUUUUUUCAUGUUCUGCUAAAUCAUUGCAGUUGGAGCAAGACUCAGGUUUUGUCUGGUGACAUAUUCACAUUUUUACAUUUAUUUUCUGGUUUGUUUUAAAGCAAAGUGUCCAAAUGUUUGAAUCCUCUGCAGUAGUUUUGAUGCCAUGCAUUUCAAUUUCAAUUCUGUCUCUUUUGAUUUAGAUUUAAAUCCAUACAUUUACUGUUUCCUGUCCUGCAGCAAGUCAGAAUAAACAAAUGUACUUGUAACUCUUUAACUCAUAUAUCAUUUUAUUAAGGAAAUCAGCUGAUGCAGAAUUAUUGUUGUGCACUUUUGAAUGUUUUCUUAAUUAAAAAAAAGAAUGAAUCCAUGUUCAUCAAAUUAUUUGUACAUCAGGUGAAGUAUAAUCGGCUUUAUUUGCCAUUAACACACAUUUGUAGCACAUUCUCGGUUUCUACUCAUCAGUAUGUACAUGUGUCGCUUUUAUUGGUAAAUAUACAUAAUGGCAUGAAGCUUAUAUUUACAAUAGGAGCACAGCUGGAAAAGAACCUGAUGGGAGUCCUGCCACUUACUGUCCAAGCUGCUGCCACUGAGUUUAACGUCUUUUUGUGUCAGACUGAAAAAUGUGGAUCCAGUUUGGAGUUUUUUUUUAUUUGUUGUUAAUCAUGUUUUUCUGGCGAGUCCCACUCAGGGGUGGACCUCGGGUUUCUCUAAAUCAGGGGCCAUUAAGGGGCCAUAAGUUACACAGGGGGGUCAAUUAUAUCUCCAGUCUGAUCAAUAUAUUCUUAAGGCAUUGCAUGCACCAUGCUAGACCAUGCAUAAGGCCAGGUUUAACAGGGUGGUUAAAAGAUGAAGUAACAAUUUGCAUCUUUAAAUGAACCUAUUGAAAACUAAACCCAGACAUGAAGUUUAAUGGCUUCAACUGAUGUGAUGUGAUGUGGCUCAGGGGCAGUUAAUGCAUCAGACUUGUAUUUAAAUCCAGUUCACUCUCUUUAACAAAACCUUUUAGACAAGAUGCAAGAGGCACAGUCUCUGUUGACAUCUGGACCAGUUUAAACAUCAUCCUCAUUAAAGCUACUUUAGUCUACUAGGAUGAUAUUUAAGUGGAUGAAGAAGUGAAGCCUGUAAUUAACUUAACUUCUUAAUGCGAUGACAAAAGGUAAAUCUGAACUGAAUUGGAUCGUGUAAACCUGCCACACCUGUAGCAGCCUCCUUAGUGCAUAGUUCAAAUUAUACCGGGAGCAUGAACGCUCACUACUAAUCUGAUCGAACCAUGAAGGAGGGAUCAUCACUGAGGCUGCUCUUCUAAUCAUUAUUGCUCUUUUUCUGUUACUGAUAAGUUAACAGUAAAAAAAUUGGUCUGUAAACAAAUCAAGUGGCUGAUUUGUAGUGUUACAACAUUGGCCCUGCACUGUGUGUUCUGCAAUAUGACAUGUAGCAUUUUCAAGUAUAAAUGUUAAAUGAUAUCACAGCAAAGUUGCUCCCCUAGUCGAGGGUUAAGGACAGAGGAUGUUGCAUUGUGUACAGAUUGUUGAUCUCUCACUAUAUUUAAAUCCAAAGUUCUAUUUUCUCUACCAUAGUUGCACACGUUUAAAAUUGAAUGUGCAUUUCAGAAUCUCAAGUGGAACCAUUCUGCCUGCAAUCUUUUCAUAUUUUCUUCUUUGCGAUCUAAGAAGUGAUCAUAGACCCGUGUUCCGCUCAACUCAGUGCCCAUGAAUAAUCAGAUGAUCCUGUAACAUUGUUUGAUGCGUUGUGUGUUUGUCAAGAGUGUUUUUCUGAUGAGGACAUGAACACAGAAACAAAGAUCCAACCAUUAAUUUGUUUACAUAUAUGUACAGAGUAAAUCAAAAAUCAAAAAGUUCCAUCUCAGGCACAUGUGGUAGAAUCAAACUGGAUGUCACAUGACGUCAGCUCAGGACUUCACAUGUCCCUCUUUGGAUCAAUCAACAGUAGAGAGGCAGCAAAUGAGAAAAGAAAAAAAAAACAA